AUGAAACUACUUGAAAAUUCCAAACUCGAAGCAAUUAGCUCAACACUUUCCAUUGCAACACCCGUGUGUGACAUCACAACUCGUGCGGAAAGUUAUUCAUGUAAAAUGGCCGGUGAUCCCAAGAAACUCUACAAACAACUACGAAAUGAACCAGGAACGUCACCACAUGAUCUGGAAGUUCUCGGUCCGUCGCAAACAAAAUCACAUUCGUAUAAUUCAAGUUUUCUAACAACGCCACCCCCACAAGAUGUUCAUGCCAACCCAAUUGCUCGUUCAAUCUCGAGCGAUGACGAAUCUCCAUUAGCCAAAACAAUACCACGGAAGACACUGAUCUAUUUGAUAUCAACAUUGAAUGCGACAUUUCAACCUGAUUAUGAAUUCAGUUCAUGUACAAGUCAAGAUUUUAGCCGAGAGACAAACUUCGAAUUAGUGAAGACUGAAGUGGAUUCUCGAUUCCUUUCCAGUAUUGGUGAUUACUAUCGAUCAUUAUCUUCACAACUCUGGUCGAUCAUCGACGACGAAAUCAAUAUCAAGGAAAGUGAAAUCUUCAGUUAUCGCCCAGAUGGCACAUCGGAUCCAUUCUCUGAAAGUGGAAUAAUCUGGUCAUUGAAUUUCUUCUUCUACAAUCGAAAACUUCGUCGGAUUCUCUUUCUGACCUGCCGAGCAGAUUGUAAAACAUCAACAAAUGAUGAUAAUGACAAUGAACAUGAAGGCUUAGAUCAAAACAAUUAUUUGACAUUUGAAGGUGUCAUGGAUUGA